GCCGCUAGUCACAUGACAGUGCUCCGUCUGUCAGAGGCAGGAAGAUGGCGGCUGGGAAGGUUGUGUUUCAGCUCUCUGUUCUUCUGCUGGUUGGGGUUCCAUGGCGGGUGACGUCCUCACAGCAAGUGCCCGUCCUGCUGUGGUCCAGCGAGAGUUCCCUGUGGACAGACGAGCCCAGCACACAUGGAGGUCACGUGACAACAGAUCGUCAGCUGGGUCAGUACUUGGACUCUGCACUGAAUAGUGGACCCCGAAAUGUCUUGCUUUUCCUCCAAGAUAAGCUAAGCAUUGAAGACUUUACAGCAUUCGGAGGAGUCUAUGGCAACAAGCAGGACAGUGCUUUUCCCAAUCUUGAAAGCAUUAUGGAAUCCUCGCCAUCUUCCCUGGUGCUGCCUUCGGUGGACUGGUAUGCUGCCAACAUCCUUCCCACCUACCUGAAAGAGAAACUGGGUGUCAGCCCCCUUCAUGUGGAUCAGUCCACCCUACUAGAGCUGAGACUAAAUGAGAGCAUCCCAUCACUGCUUGUCGUGAGGUUACCUUAUGCCAGUAGUAAUGGAGUUAUGGCGGCCAAAGAUGUCCUCCGAGCCAAUGAUGAAGUUAUUGGACAAGUCCUGAGCACUCUAAAGUCAGAGGGUGUGCCUUAUACUGCUCUUCUCACGGCUCUCAGGCCCUCCAGGGUGAGCCCAGAGGCUGAUUUCGGGGUGGCUAAUCUGAGGCGUCAGCUACUGGCCACAAAUACUCCAACCUACCCACCUGUGUCUUACAAUGGAACACAGAACACCCCAUGUAUCCUGUUCUGGGCCUCCAACAUAACCCUACACUUGGAACAGACUUCAAUGGACCUCACUGGGAGUACCUUCUCCGGGAGAGAACUCACUGAAGGAUCCAGCUGCAGCCCUACUGACUCAGUGCUGGUCCUCAAUUAUAAGACUUUCUCACUCUUCCUUUAUUUCCAUCCACCUCUUUUCUAUAGAUUCCAUCUGAACAGCCGCAGGUACAACGUGUCAGCACGCUUUUGGUCCACUUUGACCCGUGUAGUGGUCAUUAACGGAACUGAAAACGCCACAUUCUUUGCUCCCCAAGUGAGCACUCCCAGGAACUAUUCCUUCCACUGUCAGUAUAUCAGCAGUUUACCAGCAUAUGGUGCAAUCCUGAUCAAUAACAGCAGCCGGGACUCUCCUGGAACAAAGUGGAAUCUCCACAUCACCGAUUUCCAGAUCCAGGGCUUCAACGUCACUGGCCUCAAGUUUUCCUAUGCCAGCGACUGUGCCAGCUUCUUCACCCCUGGCAUCUGGAUGGGGCUCAUCACCACGCUGCUCUUUGUCUUCAUCCUGACCUACGGGCUACACAUGGUUAUGAGUCUGAAGACCAUGGAUCGCUUUGACGAUCCUAAAGGACCUUCUAUCUCUGUACCCCAGACUGAUUGAUCCUUCCGCACAGGCCACCAGCCCAUCUAACGAUCUGGCCAUACCUGAAUGUCACAUGACUUCCAUCCAUCUCUACAGCCCCACUGCACCUACAUUCCAGAUUUUUCG